AUGCCAAAGCGUCGGAACAUUGCUACCGUAGUCAACCUCCAUCCUCCCACCAUCAUCAUCAAGCAGCUCAAGACCAUGGGGACCCGCAGCAUUGCAUGGUUUGCCUUCCUUUUCCUGGCUGCAACGUCGAGCCAGGCUCAGGAGUCCAACUCUCAAAGCUCACGAGCAUCGGCGACGAGUGUCGUCCCGACAACGCCAACAGCGACGGCUCCCGCAACAUCCUCUGCGACACCAACAACGCCAGCCUACCUGGCAUCAUGUCCGAGCGAGCUGGAACUUCAGAUCUCGAUCUGCCUUGACACCGUGGCUCGUGACGGCGCCGUGCUGCCAUGCAAUCCGGACGAUUGGUGGUGCAACUGCAACAACUGGCAAGGCAUCAUCUCCUGCUACCAGCCUUGCCCCGAUCUUCAAGAGCAAGCUGAUAUCGAUUGGAACCAGAACAACUGCCAGGGCCAGCACGGAUUCGCCAACCUGCUCGGAGGCAACUCCACCGGCUCCUAUCUCGGUUCGAACAUCACUACCACCGGAUCCAACGGACACACAAGAAGCUACUACAGCGAGAUGCCACAAGCCACCUCGACCAUCCCCACGAGCACCUGGUCCUGGCAGCCCACUGCGAGUCCUUCCGGCCAGGCUCGCGCCAAAUCGGCAGCUUCGCACCAGUCCGCCGUCAAGGCGAGCCUGCUUGCCAUCCCGCUCGUCCUCGCGACAGCCUCUAGUCUUGUGUACCUGUGA